GUGAUAAUCAGAUAAUCUUAACACCGUUUUCAUAGUUGAGGAGCCAUGUCUGAAAGAACACCACUUAUUGGGCUGAUUUGUACCUUCAUUGGCGUCAUCUUAUCUAUAUUCGUUUACGUAGAUACUUCAUCUAAAAUAAGUGAUACAGUUGAUGCUCUCCAAGGUGUCGGUUUUGAGGUAGAUGAUGUAAAUCCAUGGGGCCGGAUCGAAGUUUUGACCCUUCUGUUCGGAUUUAUUCUGGGAGUUGUCCUGCUAAUUGUUUACGUUCCCGUCGUGUUUAUCGAGAUGGGAUGGUGUGGUUGUUUGGGUACUGUUACGGAGACUGCUGUUAAAGGAGCUUUCCAUACAAAGGGAAGAAUGAUCCAGAUUAUUUUAACGGGCCUUUCUGUCGUUGUUUUUGUUCUGGUCUUGGUGUAUCUAAUUCAUGGCGAAAUUGUGGUUGGAGAAUUCAACAAUGUGGUAUCCGGUGUGCUGACAAUAGUUGCUGUUAUCUUCUUCCUUAUCAACAUGGUCAUGUCUGUCCUCUACAUCAGAUCAUGAGGACGAGAAAUUGGCAUAGUGUGAUUUGGAAUUUGAAGGGAAUAGAUGUAUGUAUUGGGUAUUACUGUCACCAAGAUGUAACCCUUCCUUAACAAGAUUGUUAAGGACCUUGACAUCUUGUUAAGGACCUUAACAGGGUUACAUCUUGGUGACAGUUAUAGUAUUUGAAUAUUGGAUGAAGGGACACAGCUUUAGAAGCAGGGGCACAAAUAGGCAUAAAGCGACCUUUACUGUUUUGUAUAUUUUGAAUGAUUUUGUCGCAUCUCAAAAUGCUUCUUGGCACAUUUUUAUUCGCGAAAUAAAGUUUUUGUUUGUGUUUGAUAACAUUGUCUAACAUUAUUUGAUAGCAUUGUAUAAUAACGUUGUUUGUGUGAUAAAAUAGUUCAGCGUACAGAAACUUGUUAGCCGUUCCGUUGGCAUAAAAGUAAAACCAAAUCUCAACCCAAAUUUAUCUUUGUUAAAAUAACAAAUUACACGAUUCAUUUU